AUGGCGAAAACAUCAAAUAAGGGUGUUGUUGAGAAGGAUAAGGCAACUUCUGCAUUAAAGCCCAAAGAGCCAGCAAGGGUUCCCAAACAACGGCCAGCGACUCGAACUAUUGUUCGUUGGAAUGAUGAUCUUGACAGGCAAUUGCUCCUUUCGAUCCAAUCUGCAUGCAAUCUCGCUGGGAUCAGAAUUCCUUGGGCGAAUGUUGCAGAGCUUAUGGGCGAGAAAAUCACUGAGGGUGCCAUUGUGCAGCACCUCGCAAAAUUGCGUCAUCGACUUGAGGGCGAGGGAGUCACAGUUCCACCACCACUUCGUCGCGGCGGUGCUGGUAUUCCCAGGAAAGCCAGUAUUUCAAAGGGAAAGGCAGAAGGCCCGCACAGCGUUAUGGAUGAAGUUCAUGAAACAGAACUAGAUACCAAUUUGACUGGUAAAAUAACAUUCAAGGUUGAGGAAGCUGAUAGUGGAUCCACUAGUAUGCCGGAAUUCGAGGAGGCAGGGAAUGCAUUGACGUAUGAUCAUGCUAUUGGAGUGGGUGAAAGGUUCCUCCAAUUUCCAGGCAUUCAAAAAACUUUUGGAAAUGUUAGAAAAUGGUCUACUACCGAUGGAAUGGAUCGAAAGCCUUCUAAAUUAGUCGUCUUGCGCAUUGCCCCAAAACUUUUAAAGGGUAUUUUGGAAAACAUGGGGGUAAAUGUUGAGGAAAGUGAUUCACACUUUGCAACCAAGGCCUCAAUGGAAGACCUUGAGUCCGUGGGUAUUGAAGCUACUGGUGGUUUAUCCGACAACGCAGACGCGCACGGCGAGGAGUUGGUGGUGGAAGCUGGAACUGAUAAGCAGAGUCUGCUUCAAAUCGGAGCACAGCACUGCCAGGAAACCGCACAGUGGGUCGGGGCAAAUUUAGAAGACUUUGGUGGAGGCGCAAACUUCGCAGGAGACUAUUCCGCAUAUGGAGAGCUAUUUGGGAUGCCUGGUACUCCUCUUCAGGAUAACAGCUUCUUACACUUAUACGGCGCAGCAUAUUCUGGAGUCCAGCAAGAACAGGAGCAUUCUGCAGCCGUAUAUCUCCCAACUCCGAUGAGUGGAGCAUUUGGCAUGCCACAAGCCCCAGGAUCCGGGUCAUCUUACGGCAAUUCCUUUGGAUGGGUGGAGCCGCCCUUUUUGGGAAACGAUUUUCAGAAUUUGGAGAAUAAUUUCACGCUAGAGAUUGGAGAUUUUAUCAGCCCCGAAUACCUAAAUCAUCCCCAAUGA